CCGACCGCCUGGUGUCUCGUUAUGGCCCGGAUAAAGUGCGUAACUGUCGCUCGGCGGACUCACCCCGAGCAAAUAAGAUUCCGGCUAUUCGUCAUUGGGUGCGGGGUCCGUUGGCACAUAAAACGCGGGGGGUGGCGCCACUCAUGCGUUGAAGCCCCCCCAAUUGCAUCUCUCCCAUUUCCAUCAGCUCAUCGCACAGCAGCUCCAAGGGGCAGCUUCGACUUUGCAAUCAACCGACGGACGAGAGACACACACACGCAGCAUCAUGGCAGAGCGCAAGUGUCCUGUUCAGGAGAUGAACAUUGGUGGCGGCGGCACCAGGAACCGCGACUGGUGGCCCGACUCGGUCAAGCUCAAUAUCCUUCGCCAGCACACCGACCUGACCAACCCCCUGGGCAAGGACUUCGAUUAUGCCGCUGCCUUCAAGACCCUCGACUAUGAGGGCGUCAAGAAGGACCUCCACGCGCUCAUGACCGACUCCCAGGAGUGGUGGCCUGCGGACUUUGGCCACUACGGCGGCCUCUUCAUCCGCAUGGCGUGGCACAGCGCGGGCACCUACCGCGUGUUUGACGGCCGUGGCGGCGCCGGUCAGGGUCAGCAGCGAUUCGCGCCUCUCAACAGCUGGCCGGAUAACGUCAGUCUCGACAAGGCCCGCCGGCUGCUGUGGCCCAUCAAGCAGAAGUAUGGCAACAAGAUUUCGUGGGCCGAUUUGCUCGUCCUGACGGGCAACGUGGCGCUCGAGUCCAUGGGUUUCAAGACGUACGGCUUUGCCGGCGGCCGCUCCGACGCCUGGGAGGCCGACGAGUCCGUUUACUGGGGUGGUGAGACCACUUGGCUGGGCAACGAUGUCCGCUACUCGCACGGUAACGAGGGCGUCAAGCACCACGGUGCCGUUGACGCCGCUCAAAAGGCCCCCGAUGCCAAGGACAUCCACACUCGUGACCUCGAAUCGCCUCUUGCCGCCGCCCACAUGGGUCUCAUCUAUGUGAAUCCCGAGGGUCCUGAUGGCAACCCCGACCCCGUGGCCGCAGCCCGGGACAUUCGCACCACCUUUGGCCGCAUGGCCAUGAACGACGAGGAGACCGUUGCCCUCAUUGCUGGUGGCCACACCUUCGGCAAGACGCACGGUGCUGCGCCCGCCAGCAAUGUGGGCAAGGAGCCCGAGGCGGCUGGCAUCGAGGCUCAGGGCCUUGGCUGGCAGAACAGCCACGGUACUGGCAAGGGCCCCGACACCAUCACCAGUGGCCUCGAGGUGACAUGGACCAAGACGCCCACCAAGUGGAGCAACCAGUACUUCGAGUACCUCUUCAAGUACGACUGGGAGCUCACCAAGAGCCCGGCUGGUGCCAACCAGUGGGUGGCCAAGAAUGCCGAACCUAUUAUCCCCGAUGCUUUUGACCCCAACAAGAAGCACCUGCCGACCAUGCUGACCACCGACCUGUCGCUUCGUUACGACCCGGCGUACGAGAAGAUCUCCCGCCGCUUCCUGGAGAACCCCGACCAGUUCGCAGAUGCUUUCGCCAAGGCGUGGUUCAAGCUGACGCACCGCGACAUGGGCCCUCGUGUUCGUUAUGUUGGACCCGAGGUCCCCUCCGAGGACUUCAUUUGGCAGGAUCCCAUCCCGGCCCUGAACCACGCUGUCAUCGAUGACCGUGAUAUCGCGGCCCUCAAGAAGGAGAUCCUCGCCUCCGGCGUAAACCCUUCCAAGUUUGUGUCCACUGCCUGGGCCUCUGCGUCGACGUUCCGCGGCAGCGAUAAGCGUGGAGGUGCCAACGGCGCCCGCAUCCGCCUCGCGCCGCAGAAGGACUGGGAGGUCAACAACCCUCGUCAGCUUGCGGAAGUACUCAGCACUCUGGAGAAAAUUCAGAAGCAAUUCCAAAGUGGUGGCAAGAAAGUUUCCCUGGCCGAUCUGAUCGUCUUGGCUGGCUGCGCUUCCGUCGAGAAGGCCGCCAAGGACGCUGGCAACGACGUGACGGUCCCUUUCACCCCGGGCCGCAUGGAUGCCACACAGGAGCAGACCGAUGUCGAGUCUGUUGGACACCUCGAGCCGUAUGCCGACGGUUUCCGCAACUACGGCAAGUCUACCGACAGAAUCAAGCUGGAGAACUUCCUGAUCGACAGGGCGCAGCUUCUCACUCUGUCGCCCCCUGAGCUCACAGCUCUCGUUGGUGGCCUGCGUGUCCUCAACACCAACUACGACGGUUCGGCCCACGGCGUCUUCACCAGCCGGCCCGGAACUCUGACCAACGACUUCUUUGUCAACCUCCUGGAUAUGGGCACUGUCUGGAAGCAGGCUGGCUCCGACGGGGACGUCUUUGAGGGCAGCGACCGCAAGAGCGGUGCCAAGAAGUGGACGGCCACUAGGGCUGACCUUGCUUUCGGCUCUCAGGCCGAGUUGCGUGCCGUUGCUGAGGUUUAUGGUAGCGCCGAUGGUGCUCAGAGAUUUGUGAAGGACUUCAUUGCCGCGUGGGACAAGGUCAUGAACUUGGACCGAUUUGAGUUGAGCAAGGAGGCCAGCCAGCGGGCUACGAGCCGGCUGUGAGCAAAGCCCACUCUUAGUGAGGGGAUGAAAGGGAUACCGACAGAGAACUUCCGAUGAGUAGUUUCUUGAGUACGAAAGGAAACGUACAUGUGUGGUCAAACAUGUGCGAAGCAAAAUGAGCUGUCGAUGGCACGGAGUAUGACUUGAACACUAAUUGUUGAAACAAAACUGCAGGCGGCACCAAUUGAAAAGAAAUUGACUGGUUAUCGCCUUUUUCGGGUGUGUUAAUAUGAUUAGUCUUGUACUUCGUAGACCGAAGCGUGUGGAGGUGAUGCUGGUCAGGGUAUGGCUUGAGCUGACAGAGAAUCCACCACCUCCACUGUAUGAACCAAGAGCGGUCUCAUUGCCGUGUCAUGUAUUUCGCUCUUAAGGUGAUUAGAACACUAAUGUCCUGAAGCAGAAGAAGACUGCAG